AUGCACCUCCACUCUUUUCAGUCAGCUGUGGGAUGCAAAGGUCUCAACGAUGAGGGGCAGUGCCUUUUGUUCCCAUCCUCCCUUACAGAAGCAGCCUUAAACUGGUUCUACCGAUUAGAGCCAGAAACGGUGGAUUCCUUCGACGAACUAAAGCAGAUUUUUCUCAAUCACUUUAUGAUCCAGACGGACCGUUUGUAUUCUUCCGAUGAUCUAUACACAAUUCGGCAAAGAGAGGAUGAGCCCUUGAGAGAAUAUGUUGCACGCUUCAGUCACGAGUACUCAAGGUGUCCAGAAACGGACGACAGGGUAGCCUACGACGCCUUCAAGAGUGGCCUUCGGUCCUCGCACUUUCGGUACCUCGUGCACAGUAGCAACUGGCACACUUAUGACGAGGUGAUGAAGCAAGCGGCAAUUCACACCAAGGCCGAAUAUUUCAACUCAAAGUCUGGGCCUUUGGCUCGACCGGAGGAACCAGCAUUGAAGAGUUAUCCUGGGCAAGAAUCUCCGUACGCCCCUAGAAGAAUUGACGAAUCCUCUGCCGGGCACAAACGGAAAGAUGACCAUGACAAUCGGCAGGGAAACUCAAAGAAAGGAAGAGGAAAAUACGGUCGCAAUGAUCACCGGGCGCCCCUGUCAAAUCCCAACUGCGCUCAGGAAGUCUUCACUAUACUGAAUACCACUUACAAUGACGUUUUGAUGAACGAGCAUGAAAUAAUACCGAAACCGAACCACCGAAAGCCCAAUUGGCAGGAUAAUCGGGAUACCGGCAAAUUCUGCCAAUAUCACCAGCAUAACAGUCAUAAUACUGAGGACUGCAUAAGAUUAGCACCAUCAGCGGGGGUCCCACACUGGCGGCCCAUCAAGUUUUGUGAAGAGGAGGAAGAAGGGAUCCUCUACCCCCAUGAUGACCCAAUGAUCAUUCGAGCUGAAAUCACCGACUACGAUGUAGUGCGGGUGUUGAUCGAUACUGGAAGCUUGGUAAAUGUAAUUUUUGCCGACGCUUUCAGAGGAAUGGGAAUAGCCGAUAGCCAGGCACUAUUCGAGGAGACUAACUCAGUGCACGGACUUGCUAUGCAACAACGCUGA